GCACGAAGUCAGUUACAAAGAUGUCUGGACGCGGAAAGAGCGGAAAAACCAGAGCGAAGGCGAAGUCCCGGUCCUCCCGGGCCGGGCUGCAGUUCCCGGUGGGCCGUGUCCACAGGCUGCUGAGGAAGGGUAACUAUGCUCAGCGUGUUGGUGCCGGCGCCCCGGUGUACCUCGCGGCUGUGCUGGAGUAUCUGACGGCUGAGAUCCUGGAGCUGGCCGGAAACGCCGCCCGCGACAACAAGAAGACCAGGAUCAUCCCCCGCCACCUGCAGCUGGCCGUCCGCAACGACGAGGAGCUGAACAAGCUGCUGGGCGGAGUGACGAUCGCUCAAGGCGGCGUGCUGCCCAACAUCCAGGCCGUGCUGCUGCCCAAGAAGACUGAGAAGGCGAAAUGAAGCUCCGGGAGAAGCGCGCUGAUAAUAACGGCUCUUUUAAGGGCCACACACAACAUCUGAGAGCAGUACGACCUUAAAUGAACUACGGCGGGUCACAGCCCGGACUCACUGGUCCGACCCGCUCUGGGUUAACGUUUCUUCACUUUAAUCAACCAAAAGCAGCUGUGACACAAACCUGUGUGUAAGUGUUGAAACCACACAGUGAGCCAGCGGAGCGUCUGUAGCUAACGAUCAACUCCUGUGACGGGUCAUAAAGGAUGCAGUCACACUGCAAAGGCCAGAAGACCCGCGGCUGUUUGUGUUCACAUAUUUAUCUCUAGUCACAAUGUUAACACAUCAGACACACCCUCGGAGUUCACAUCACGCAGGACCUGUCAUGGUCCUGUCACAUCAACACCGUGGUGAAAAAGGCCCG